UGAUUCACACUCCAAAAGCGACUCCGAGGCGUUGUUUGACUAACCACUCCAAUCGACCUCCGCUUCGCUUCUUCUUCUUCCUUUCGAUAUCAUCGCCCUCCACAAAAAAACCCUAGAUUUCUCGACUUAUUCCAUUAAUGGAGCUUCGUUCCCGCAAAGCAAUGUCUGAGUCUCCUACCGAUGGAAAUGAGCCUCAUGUGGAAGACGACAUUGAUAUUGACAAUUCUGAUAGCUCUGACGAUGAAAUUUUCGUAGGGACUUUGUCAGAUUCCGAUGGAAAGGGCACUAGUGAUGAAGAUGAUGCAUUUCAUGAGACCAUCAACCGUUCAAAAAGGAGGAGAGUGGGAAGAAGGAAAAAUUCUGAAGGAUCCAACUUGGGUGAAGCAAUUCAAGAUGAGGAGAUUGUUGAUGAAAUAGACCUGGCUUUGGAAGGAGUGGUACAAAAGAUGAAAGCAAACAAAAAGAAGUCGAAGAAUAAGGAAAAAAGACCAGUUUUGAUGUGGAAUAUUUGGGAAGGGGAGCAUGAGAAAUGGCUUGAUGGGAAUAUCACAAAAGAUCUUGACUUGGAGAAUCAGAAUGAAAUAGUUACUGAAGCUGCAGAAGCACCUUCAGAUAUGCUUGUGAAUUUGCUGAGGUACCAAAAGGAAUGGUUAGCUUGGGCUUUAAAACAAGAAGAUACUCCAAUGAGGGGAGGAAUCCUUGCAGAUGAAAUGGGAAUGGGGAAAACCAUCCAAGCCAUUUCACUUGUUCUUGCCAAACGAGAACUUUCCAGGGAAACUGGUGUAACUUUUGAUUCAUCAGAAGGCGCAUCAACAGGCCUGCCUGGAAUUAAGAGCACCCUUGUAAUCUGUCCUGUUGUUGCUGUGAACCAGUGGAAAAAUGAAAUUGAUAAGUUUACAGCAAAGGGGAGCACAAAGGUACUGGUUUAUCAUGGGGCAAACAGAGAGAAGGUGUCGAAGAAAUUUUCUGAAUAUGAUUUUGUCCUGACUACAUACUCAAUUGUUGAAGCUGAGUACAGGAAGCAUAUGAUGCCUCCCAAAGGGAGGUGCCCUUUCUGUACCAAGAUGUUUCAUGAGAAAAAUAUGACACUACACUUGAGAUACUAUUGUGGCCCGAAUGCUCUGAAAACUGACAAGCAAUCUAAGCAACAAGGGAAGAAGUCUAAAUAUAUGCCAUCAACAUCAAAGUUGGAUGAAAAAUCUCCUAAACACAAGACACCAAAGCAAAACAAGAAGGAAGCAUUGCCUAAGGGGAAAUCAGUUUUACAUGCUGUGAAAUGGGAACGCAUUAUUUUGGAUGAGGCUCAUUAUAUUAAAUCUAGACGAUGUAAUACCGCCAGAGCUGUUCUUUCUUUAGAGUCCUCAUACAAAUGGGCUUUAAGUGGUACUCCUCUUCAGAACCGUGUUGGAGAACUUUACUCUUUGCUACGCUUUCUACAAAUUGUUCCAUAUUCCUAUUACUUCUGUAAGGACUGUGAUUGCAGAGCUCUUGAUCAUAGUUCCUCAUCACAAUGUCCAAAUUGCCCUCAUAAAUCUGUUAGACAUUUUUGUUGGUGGAAUAAAUUUAUUGCUACACCUAUACAAACAUAUGCGAAUCAAGACCCUGGGAAAAGGGCGAUGAUGUUGCUAAAACACAAAAUUUUAAAGAAGGUAGUGCUGAGAAGAACUAAAAGAGGGAGGGCUGCUGAUCUUGGUCUUCCUCCACGAAUUGUAUCAUUGAGGAGGGACGUACUGGAUAUCAGGGAGCAGGAUUAUUACGAGUCAUUGUACAAUGAGAGUCAGGCACAGUUUAACACAUAUGUUGAAGCAGGAACAAUUAUGCAUAACUAUGGUCACAUAUUUGACCUUCUCACACGUUUGCGUCAGGCAGUUGACCAUCCUUACCUUGUGGUAUAUUCUGCAACUUCAGCAAUGAGAAACACAAACAAGGUGGAAAUCGAUAAUGAAGAGCGCAUAUGUGGCAUUUGUCAUGAGCCAGCAGAAAAUCAUGUGGUUACCUCUUGUGAACAUGCUUUUUGCAAAGCUUGUUUGAUUGAUUAUGCUGCUUCCUUGGGACAAGUCUCAUGCCCUUCUUGCUCGACACUGCUUACUGUUGAUUUGACAGCAAAUGCAGAUAAUGGGAAUCAGACCAGUAAAACUACAAUAAAGGGCUUCAGGGCAUCAAGUAUUCUAAACAGAGUUCAACUUAACAAUUUUCAAACAAGCACAAAAAUUGAGGCUUUGAGGGAAGAAAUCAGAUUCAUGAUUGAGAAGGAUGGUUCUGCAAAAGGAAUAGUUUUCAGCCAGUUCACAUCAUUCUUGGAUCUCAUAAACUACUCCCUCGAGAAGUCUGGUAUCAAGUGUGUUCAGUUGAAUGGAAGUAUGUCAAUGGUUGCCAGGAAUGCUGCUAUUACGAAAUUUAUUGAGGACCCAGAUUGCAAGAUAUUCCUCAUGAGUCUUAAAGCUGGAGGCGUUGCUCUUAAUCUUACUGUUGCAUCACAUGUUUUCUUGAUGGAUCCAUGGUGGAACCCAGCUGUUGAGCGGCAAGCACAAGAUAGAAUUCACCGGAUAGGACAGUACAAGCCAAUCAGAAUUGUUAGAUUCGUUAUAGAGAAUACAAUCGAGGAGAGAAUUUUGAAGCUGCAAGAAAAGAAGGAGCUAGUGUUUGAAGGUACCGUCGGUGGUUGCUCAGCAGCUCUGGGAAAAUUAACAGAAGCAGACAUGAAAUUUCUUUUUAUUACUUAGAGAAAUAUCCACCCCGAGCAUUGGAUGGUGGAGAACCCUGUCGUCCUUUGGCUUAUAUUUACAUCGUUGCACGAGUAUAUAGUUUUUUCUUUUGAUGCGCUGCUGCUUUGAAGUGGCCAAGAAUCUUGAAAACAUAUAAUUUUCCUAAAUAGUUAGGAUCAAGUACAACUUUUGUGAUCGGUGCAUUUUGUGGUGAAUGAUUUUUGAGUAUAAUGAUGCGGUAAAGGCAUAUCGGCUUCAGAAGUUU